AUGCACAUGGCAUGGAAAAAUCAAAACUUUGAGCUUUGGAGGAGGAGAUUUGAUAGUUCGGGGCAUACGGUGGAGAUGGAGCUGCUUGGACAGAGAAUCAUCUUGACAGAGGAUCCAGAGAAUAUCAAGGCGAUCUUGGCAGCACAGUUUUCUGAUUAUGGCAAGGGCGAAGAUUUCCAUCGACAAUGGCUUCCAUUCCUGGGCAACAGUAUCUUCACAACCGAUGGCAGUGAAUGGCACUCUUCCCGUCAACUCAUCCGACCCCAGUUCAUCAAAGACCGUAUCUCUGACCUCGAAACCUUCGAACGAAACAUCACCCACAUGAUGUCCCUCAUCCCGCAUGAUGGUAGCACUGUUGAUAUAAAAGAUCUGUUUUAUCGAUACACUCUGGAUAUAGCCACAGAGUUUCUAUUAGGGAAUACCGUCAACAGUUUGGGAAGUCCACGUGCAGAGUUUGCAGUAGCGUUCGCGGACUUGCAGAAGUUUAUGAACGAUAUUUCAAGAGUUGGACCAGCCGAACAUCUCUUUCCCCGCGGAAAAUUCAACAAGAACCUCGCUAUUCUCAACUCCUUUGUCGAACCCUAUGUUGAACAAACCCUCCAGUUGAAGCCCUCCGAACUUAAGGACAAGACCGAGAAGAACUACAACUUCCUGCAUGCUCUUGCCGAAUUUACACGCGAUAAACGUAUGUUGCGAGAUCAGCUUGUAGCGGUGUUAUUAGCUGCGAGGGAUACGACAGCUGCUACUCUAAGUUGGACCUUCCACGAGUUGUCGAAAAAGCCGGAGGUGGUGCGAAAGUUGAGGGAGGAGAUCUUGAGUUCCGUUGGGCCGGAUAAUAACCCAACAUACUCAGAUUUGAAGAAUAUGAAAUAUUUGGCAGCAAUCAUUAAUGAAACUCUUAGAUUAUAUCCUGCCGUGCCAUUUAAUGUCAGAACUUCUUUGAAAGAUACAUAUCUGCCUCGCGGAGCUGGUGUUGAUGGGAACGAACCUGUUGGAGUUCCCAAAGAUACACCCAUCGCAUACUCAACCUUGACAAUGCAAAGAAGAGAAGAUAUCUUUGGGCCCGGCGUCAAUGAAUUUGACCCUGAUAGGUGGAGCAAAUGGGUACCCAAGAGCUGGCAAUAUAUCCCAUUCAACGGCGGCCCACGGAUCUGUAUUGGGCAGCAAUUUGCCCUGACAGAGAUGGGUUACACGAUCGUUAGACUGUUCCAGGAGUUUGAGGCGAUUGAGCCACGGAUGACGAAGGUACAGUGGAUGCAGACUGAGAUUGUUGGGUCGCCGGGAGAAGACGUGGUGCUUUCUUUCAAGCCCGCCAAGUGCUAG